CUCUCCCUCCCUCAUCCUCCUUCUCUUUGAAGCUCGACAGCCACCCACCACCUCCCUCCUCCUCCUCUCUCUCUCUCUCUCUCAUCUUUCGAUCCGACUUGGUGCCAACUCGACCCAACUCGGUACUUCUGACCGGGUUGGACUGUCCGGAUCAGUCCAGGACAAACCCAGAGUUGGAUUAGGUUAGGCAUGCCGGACUUCGUACCGAGUCGGAUCCAGUUCGGGCAAGGCCUAUUUCAAAACUGGAUCUAGUCGGGUCAACACUAACUCUGUCCGACUCGACUCGAUGCCCAGCUCUAAAUUCACAUAUAACCUGGGGUCGCUGUCGAGCCACCAUAUGAGUUCGGAGGUUUUUGUAUUUUCACUUCAUUCCUGUGUUAAUAACCUUAUAAACGGUUUGGAUGGCAAAUAAACAUCAAGGUGGAGCCAGGAAGGUUUCAACGGUAGGUAUUUCUUUCCCCAAUUUUCCGUCUCGUGUGGCCCACUUUAGUUUUGGAUCCACUUCGUUUUUGGUCGCUUUUCCUAAAAUGAGCUCACCAAACGGAUGAACGGAGUACAUUUCCCAAAAACAUGGUGGUGGCCCCACACAGCAUCCUUGCGCAGGAACUUCCUGCGAAAGGCUUUCGCAGGAAAUCCGCCUCCAAAACGGAGAAAGGAAGGAGGGAAGAAAGUAGAAAAGCGCCCUUCGCAUUUGGUUGGAACGCAGUAUCUGCGAAAAUGUUUGCUUCCUAUUCAUUCCUAAGGAGAUAAAUACAAUCAGGAUUCCGUUGUCCGAUGAAAACGAUACAAGGGAUUUGAAUGUCCAAGACAGAUUUCGCUAUUGGUGCGUGCGGGCGUAGCACAACUCUGAGAAGUGCAGUUCUGCAGUAAGAUGGCCUCUUUCAGAUGGGUUCUUCAACUCCACAAAGAUGUCCCGAGAGCCGCUCGUUUCUACUCGGAAGGCCUCGAUUUCAGCGUCAACGUUUGUACCCUUAGGUGGGCUGAGCUUCAAUCCGGUCCGUUGAAGCUGGCCCUUAUGCAAUCAAGCAGUGACAUUGUCAUGCAGAAAGGGUACUCUUCGCUCCUAUCUUUCACAGUGACUGACAUUAAUAGCACUGUAACGAAGCUAAUGGAGUUAGGUGCCGAGCUGGAUGGUUCCAUCAAACAUGAAGUUCAUGGAAAGCUUGCAGGUUGCAGCCAUCCGUUGCCUCGAUGGGCACAUGUUGGGUCUCUACGAACCUGCAUGAAAACACCCCAAGACAUGCACAGAGACAAUUGGCCGGCUUUAAUUAAAAGCAUCAGAACGUGGGUUGGAACAGAACUUUCAGAAUUCCACUGCAGUUGGGUGGGUUCCAUUCUCCCACACAAGGGGCCGCAUAUGAGAAUUCCACUUAUCAAAUGAUCCCAACCAUCCUACCCAAUGGACUUGGCCCGGUUAGUUGUGGACUUCUUUUCCCAUCUUUAUUUUACCCGUCCUUUUUUCCCCUCUAUCAGGCCAUUAGGAUAAUCCACUUGGUAUCAUUCAUGUGGCCCAUUUAAGCUAGUUGUCUCUUGAUAGAUGUCUGAGAUUACGUACCAAUGUGGCUAUUUAAAACUGGCCCAUUAAGUUUCUAUGUGAAAGUAGUGUCUGGUGUCAUUUA